UUCUCUGAAGAUAAUUCUGCUUUUGUAUUGAUAUAGCCAUGAACCUUGGUACCAUAUUCGUUUUCCUGGUCAUUGGGUGCGUCGCAGAUUGCUCAAGGAUCCUUGCAAUAUUUCCGUACCAAGGUCAAAGUCACCACAUAAUGUUCGAGCCUCUGAUGAUCGGUCUGGCACGCGCCGGUCACUCCGUUGACGUUGUCAGUCAUUAUCCUCCGAAGAAAUCAGUGGCACGAUAUAACCACAUAAGCCUGAAAGGAACGCUGCACAAUUAUGUAAACAACGUAACCGCAGGCAGUGCUUCAAUCCACGGUAGAGUCUAUCACCUGAUGAACUUCCUUUCCAAUCAUGAAGCCAAAGUUCUCUGCGGUCUGAUGCGAUUGCCACAGCUACAGAAAGUCGUCAAUGCAGAUACCAAAUAUGACGUCAUGAUCACCGAGAUACUAGGAUCAAACUGCUACCUUGCUAUGGCUCACAAAAUGAAAAUUCCGUUUAUCGGAAUAGUCACUAAUGUGGUUUUUCCCUGGGUUAUUGAUCCGGUCUUCGGUGACGCGAAUCCCAGUUUUAUUCCAUCACAGCUGUCGACUUUCACAAACGAGAUGAACUUCUUUGAACGCGUGGAGAAUCUUAUGAUUUACUUGUACUCGAGGUUUCUCUUCUAUUAUUGGGACUCAACUGUAUCUAAUCCAUUGGCUAGAAAGUAUUUCGACGAUCUUCCACCCCUGAACGACAUCUACUACAACAUCAGUUUGGUGCUGGCCAAUAGCCAUUUCAGUAUUCACGGUGUCCGUCCUGGGACUCAAGCCAUCGUUGAAGUGGCAGGUCUCCACAUCGACGAAAGCCAAGUGCUUUCAGAGGAAUUGGAAAGCUUUUUAAAUUCCUCCAAAGAAGGGGUCGUGUACUUCAGCAUGGGGACGUUAGUGAGGUCAGACACGUUUCCGGAGAAAAAGCUACUAGCGAUGUACGAAAGUUUUUCGGAACUUACAGAUUACAAAGUGCUGUGGAAAGGUAACCUGAAGGACAUGCCGAAGCCGCUACCGUCUAACGUAAAAAUAGUUUCAUGGGUGCCGCAGUACGCAAUUCUCCGUCAUCCAAAAGUAAAGGCUUUCGUAACACACGGAGGUGCGAUGGGAAUCCAGGAGGCGAUACACGCCGGAGUUCCAAUGAUUGGGAUUCCUUUCUUCUCUGACCAGUCAUUUAACGUGAUGGGAUACGUGCAGAGAGGUUUUGGCGUUCACCUUAGCUACCAUGAUAUAAGCAAAGUAAGCUUCUCCGAGGCCUUGCGUGAGGUGUUGUGGAACCCAAAGUAUCAAUCGAACGCAGCCCGAUACUCAAGAUUGUUCAGGGACCGUCCCCUGUCGCCAAUGGACGAGGCAAUUUUCUGGAUCGAAUACGUAAUUCGUAACGGAGGCGAGCCGCUGAGAUCCUCGGCUCGUCAUCUCAACUGGUUCCAGUAUUACUUAAUAGAUGUGAUUCUAUUUUUAUUAGCCAUAACAAUUCUUGUUAUCGCAGUUGUAUUUACCUUCGUAAAAAUAGUGCUGCGUAUCAUUGUUUGCAAACAGACUUGCGAUCUUCCAGUGAAAGAUAAAUACUCGUAGUCACGUGUUUAUCGUAGGCAAAGUUUAUGUUGUGAAUCCUGAUUUCGAAAGAAUCCUUCAAAUAUGAAAUAAGUAUUUUU